AUGUCGUCUGGCUCAGGCUCGCUGCCGUGGAGCGUGCCCCAAGCGAGUCCCGCGCCUCCCGAUACCUCAUCACAACCGAACGCACCGCCUCAAUUCUCGUCAACCCUCAACGCCUUCAACCUUCGGCCACGUGCAGCAACGCCUAGCAACCUCUCGCUGCAGCUGGAGACGCGCGGGUUCGGCGCAGGGCCGGUCUCGAGCGGGAGCGGGGGGAGUGGGGUUGCUGCUUCAUCGGGCUCUCCAGGCGCAGGCGGAGGAGGCUUUGCGGGAGCGCCCUUUGGAGCGCGUAGGAUGUCUACGCUAGCAGCAGACGCGAUGAACUGGGACGAGGACGGCGAUGCGGACCUCGUCGCUCGGGACGAGGAGAUGAUGAGCAUGUCGCCGGGCUUCGAGAUGAGUCUUGCCCCGCCAGCUGUCAGCAGCGUUUCUCGCAGAACACGGAGCCGCAGCGGGAGCGGCAGCGCACCGAUGCUACUCAACAACGCCGGAUCCACCUCUCUUCCCCCUUCCGUCUUUCCCUUCCCCUCGGUACCGCCUUCGCCAGUCACCAUUGCUCGAGCGCUUCAAGCGGGUCAGAAGACGCCACCGCCGUUCCUCCAACGGCGACUGUUCAAGGACGACACGGGCAGCGGGAGCAGCGUCAACCAGGACGAGGGAGCGUCGGCGAGCGGUCGAAGCAGUCGUAGCGGCAGCUCGAGCGAUGUCGCCAUGGGCGGGACUCGGCCAAGACCGAUCCGGGCAGCGACCUUGUCGAGCGCUUUCGCGGCGGACGAAGACGAAGAGAUUGAGGAGCUGAGCGCGGUGUUGAGUCGGAGCGCAAGUGCUGGACCCGAAGAACCAUUCGACCGAGUCGUCCGCCGGCCAGUCAGCCGCAAACCAAACCUCUUGCCAAAGCCAAAAUCGCACCUCCGCAUCCUCUCCGAACUCAAGACCGAAGCAUCAGGCGACAUGGCCGAGAUCGCCAGCGAAGCAACGCUGCAUCGACUAUCGCGCGCAGGUGCCUCAGCUGUCCCCACGCUCCGCUCAUCUUGUCCACCCGCUCUCGACGCCAAAGUCUCCUCCAAUCUUCCUCCAGCUCAAUCCGGGCCUCGUCCAACUUCGACAGCCCCUCGACCAACGCCCAAUCGAUUCCCCGAGCAAGUCGAGGACGACGAUCCGAUCUCCUCGCACAACGCGAGCUCGAGCAGCUCGAAUGACGAGGCGGACGAGGCGGCAGAGGUGGGGAGUGACUGGGGAGGCAUGAGCGUAGGAGGGUACGCGACGGAGGAAGAUGAGGAGAGGCGCUCAAAUGUCGUCUGGAACGGGAUCAGGAGCGGUCCAGGCGGAUCGGCUGUCACGGUCGCGACACCGAAUGGGACGGGUCGCAGUCCGGGCAGUGGUGGUAGAGCGGGUAUGGAGCUCGAGAGUCCGUUCGCGACGCCUGGCACUCCGACAACAUCCCUCGCCGCUCGUCCUGGCAAACGAAAGAUGCACGAGGACCGCUUUGAGCCGUACGCGCAUCAGGCCUUCAAGCGACGUGCCGUCUCUCCCGCCGCCUCGCUCACGCUCUCGCCCGGCUUCAUCCAACAAGCCUCCUCGUCGGGGAGUGGCGGGUUCCCCAGCGGCACCACAUCACGCCCUACGCCUCCUCCGCUCAUGCCGUCGACCCUCUCAACCAUGUCGAACUCGUCCACACAGCCCGUCACGAUUCCCUCGCCAACCGGCUCAGCACCUCAUCAUUCUUUCUUCUCCUCCGUCUCUGGCGCACCAGCCGGCACACGAUCUGCAGCAGCGAGUCCCUCGGCUGCGACCGCCAGCUCUCUCAGCAGCUCGACCGGCGGUGGACUCGGUCGCGGCUUCAUGAGCUUCGCGCUCAGCGACCGUCACAAGCCCAUCAGCGUCACUGAGGAAAGGGACCGGCGAAGCCAGGCUAUGAAGGUCGAGCCAGGCGCGAUGGGGCGGAUGUCGCUCGGCGAAGAGGAGGAGGAGCUGUGA